AUGCAAGGCUGGGCGAGUGCCAUAUCGGCGGCGCGGGACUGGGUGGAUACAGCCACACGUAGGGAUUCGCUGGGCGGCCCCGAAGAACUGACCAAAGAGGAGGAGCAAUGGGCCGCGGAUUUCAGAAGGCUAUGGGAGAUGUUCAGGAGCUCGCACUCCGAAGGGGAGCGCAUGACUGCCUUGGUGAUGGCUCUCCGGCUCUUCUGCAAGCUGCUCGACGACAAGAACCACGUCGCGGAGAUCGUCCACUAUCUUGUGGACGUGCGGCCGUUCCAGUUUGUGGUGGCGCGGCUGUUCUGCGAGGAGAUUAACACGCGCCGCCGAGCGCGCGGGGCCAAGGGCUUCUUCCCGCGCAAGGAGAUCAUAGAGCUGCUCUCGUACGACGACCAGGAGGAUGUCAAGCUCUCGGGCGCAGUGCUGUUCAGAAGCCUCGAGCAUCUCGUCUCCCCGCCCCUGGAGGUGCAGGGGCUGUUGGAUGCGGGGCUGCUGUCGAUGCUGGUGUCCAUAUUCACGGAGUUCUGUGUGCCGGACGACGACUCCGCGUCCUUCAACGGCGCUGACGACCUAGGAGAGGACGACCCGCUGCUCGACCCUCGCGGCACACAAGUCGAGGACCGUGUGAUAGAGCUGAUGAAGGGGCUGGCGGUGCACAGCGGGGCGGCCGUGAGUCUGAUAGAGGACGACUCGCUCAAGAAGAUGUUCCGCGCUGCAGCAGGGCUCUUCUCGCCCUCCUUCAGCUACAUGGGGGAUUACUCGGGCGCUGCUGCUGGCGCCGCUGCUGCCAACCUCGAGCUCGACCCCAAGCUGCGCAAUGCAGCAGCAGAGAUUCUGGAGCUGUCUCUGGCGAGUGACACUGGUGGUGUGGCACGCUAUAUCCACAACCACAACCUUCUGGAGGUACUGCUCAAGGCGGUGAUACAGUACGAGGUGGACUCGGGGGACUCCCACCAUGUGCUGCUGCUCCUGAAGGAGGACUUUCGCUCUCUGCGGGGCUACUUCUGGCUGGGCCAGCUCGUGCUCAAGCUCACCUUCGCCGCUGACACACCUGCUGACCCCACCCCAGUCGCACAGCUCCACAACUCGCCCUCCCCUCUCCUGCAGCAGCCGCCUCUCUCCCCCGCCCCCUCCCCGCUAGCCCCUCUCCCUGGCUCGGGCACAGACCCUGAUGAAGCUGCAAGGGAAGACAAGAGGGAAGAGACAGAGAAAGGGGAAACGGCCGAGGGGGAGGGGGAGGAUGGUGGGGAGGGAGAGAGUGAGAAACGAGGAGGGUCGAGCCCAGAGGAGGCAGUAAAGCCUGCAGAGCCAGCAGUACCGUCGUCUCUAGUAAAGCUACUCGAUGCUCUUGUGGCCAUGGCACAGACUGUCGGCGGCGACCCUCCUCGGCUGCACACCACCGGCACCCGCCCGUUCUUCCGGUCUCCAUCCGGGCGGCAGAAGGACCUGUCCUGCCUGCCAGGCGCACAGGUGAAGUCGCUGGAGUCCCUGCGAGUGAGGGAUCCCGACGCAGUGCUCGUGCUGCAGAACGUCUUCCUGGAGACGAACCAGCUGCCCGUGCAGCUGCUGGUGCUGGAGCGCCUGCAGAACCUCUACGCGUUCUUCCCAGAGAACUACUCGGUGAUUCAGGAGCUCAAGACGUUCCAGAUGCUGAUUCGCAACAUAGGCCAGUACCCGCGCAUGCUGCAGGAGCAGCUGCUGAAAGUCCUGGAAUACACAGUGAUAGUGCUCAACAUAGUCCCAGAGCAGGAGCUUCUAGCGCUCUGCAUCGAGCUACAGAAGCCCGUGCCGACGUCCCUCUCCCGCUCUGCACUUAUAUUCUUCAACAAGCUGCUGUCGUUUGAGCAGAACUUUGUGGAGGUGCUGCGGGACGUGGGGCUCGUGGAUAUCCUUGUCACGGACCUUAGGAAGUGCUCGCCUCCAGAGUCCACGCCUGUGCUUGCUGAUGGCUCCGUCCCCUCGGUCUUCUUCACGCCACAGUCCUCAGCUGCUGCGUCACUCGCUGCUGCUGCUGGUGGUGGUGGUGGUGGUACACAGGGUGGUGCUGGAGGGGCCGACUCUCCCUCCUCCUCUGCCUCCUCCCGUUCCUUCCCCCAGUCACCCUCGUCAACCUCCUCCUCCUCCUCUUCUCACCUCUCUCUCCCUGCCUCUGCUGAGUCUGGUGACUAUCCGCACUCCCAUCCCCACCCGCACAACCAGCCGCCCAUGUCUCGUGUCAUGAAGAGCCGCAUGGAUGCCAUGCGCGCGUCCUUGGGCCGGCGUCUCUCGUCCGAUUCAAUCGGCGGCAUGGGCCCGGGCGGUGGCAUGGGUGCAGCGCAGUCGUACUUCUUUGAUGAGGAAACUACAUGUCAGGCAGCGUGGGAGUGUGUGCUGGCGCUCAUGACUCACAGCCCUGCCAACCAGAAGGUCCUGAGGCAGAAGCGUGGGCUGCAGACGGUGCUGCCGCUGCUCGCGUCCUCCCGCCAUCGCCCCUUUGCCCUGCGCCUCCUUACUAUCCUCAUCUCCGAGGAUCUGGCUCAGACCAAUCCGGACGAGGUGGCUGGGCUGGUGCAGGUGGCGCGGAGGGGAGUGGCAGGGUCGCCGGGCGGCAGGAUGUGGCGGCUGGACAUAGCAGCGCGCACAGAGGUGCUCUGGACGCUCUCGCACGUGCUCUCCGCCAACCCUGCAGUGCAGGAGACGUUCCUCAAAGUCGAUGGCUUCUCACUCGGCCUUGCUGUCAUUGCCAGCAUCAAGGGCUCCAGCUCUCUCGACCAAAGCUCCUCUAAGCCUGCCGCUGCUGCUGCUGCUCCUGCUGCUGGGAAGCCGCCGGUAAAGGGAUCUACGGGGGUUGCUGCUGCUGCUGGGGCAGGUGCGGCUGGUGCUGCGUCGGCUGCAGCAGCAGGGUCGGCGUUAUCCCUGGGGGGCGUGGGUAAGGGGUCGCCAGUGACAGGGCGGUACCAGAUGAUGAUGUCCAAGGCAGCCCAGCUCGCAGACCUAGGCGAAACGCCCCUCGCCCUCAAAUUCGAGUUUGUCGACGCGCUUCUGAGCGUGCUGCUGAGAGCAGUCAGGGCCAACCCCGCAGGCCGCCUGGCCCUGCGGCGUGUGAUCAAACCAGAGGAGUUUUCCCGGCAGCUGCCCCACACGGGGCUCCUCGCCCCGCCGUACGACGUGCGGCUGAUUCGCUCCCUGCUGGAUCUCGCCACAGAGACCCUUCGCAGCACCAGCCUGCCUCAAGUUCUCGUACCCUCCUCGCCGUCGCCCACGCCUGUUAAGGGCUCCCAUGCUGCUCCGCACUCGGGGCAUGACGACAGGGGGUUGGAGAGUGAAGCGGGCGGGUCAGCAGGGAGGCUGUCAGGGAAGGGGUCCGGGAGGAGGGAGAGCAUGGGGGGAGGCGCGAGCGGGAGUGCAGGAGGGGGUGGGAGCCCGUGGGGGCCGUGUGAGUGGGUGGUGGAUGAGGUGGGGGUAGUGCGGGACAGGGAGGGCGUGACGGUGCACAAUGCAGUGGUGGUGCAGAUGCUACUGGACUCGCUUCACCUGCUCGCCACCCCCACAGUGGAGCGACUGCUGGCUGCUGUGCUUGUGCUCGCCAAGCUCUCGCCCCGCAAUGCAGAGGCGCUCAGUAGCAUUCGUGAGUCUGGCGAUGGUGGUGGCUGGUGUGAUGAGUCGGGACAGUACGUGGUGCAAGUGCUGCUGGAGCUCUUCAUUCACAAGUCGCACACCCUUGCAGAAGGAACCAUCGACACCAUUCUGCAGACGGUUGAAAUCGUUGGGACCUUCAGAAUCUCACCCACGGAGCUGCGGCUGAUGGCAUUGCGGCUAAGGCAGCCAGCGGACGCCCCUCAUGACCCCAUGGGGCUGCGCUUCCUGCGCAUGCUCUGCCGCAUGGCCGCCGCCUCCUCCGGCUCUGCUCAGAGCGUAGCCGUCUCCUCCUUUGCCGACCUCAGCAUGCGCCGCGUGGGGUACGCGGGCGCUCACGCCAUUAUAGGCGAGCGCCCCUGGCCCCCGGCUGGAGGGUUCUCCUUGGCGUGCUGGCUCCGGUUCACUGGGCUGCGCGGCGAUGGAGAUGAUGGGGAGAGCGCCGAGGAGAGUGAGGUGCGGGCGAGGCUGAGCUUUGGGUCGCAGCGGGGUGGGAGUGAUAACGGCAGGCUGGGCAGGGCCAGGCGGUUGCAGGUGUUUACUGUGGCGCCGGCAGGAGAGCCGCAUGAGUGUUGCGCAGACCUGUUUAUUGAUGAGGACGGGAUACUCACUCUGGCUGCUAACACCAACUCGGGUACUGGUGGCAGUGGGAAUGCGGGCGGGUCGGUCACUGCAAGUGCGUCUGGUGGCAGCAGUAGCGGCGGCGGCAGCAGUGGCACGAGCAGCAGCAAAGUGCGGUUCUCAAACGUGCAGCUGAAGGAGGGAUCGUGGCACUUCAUAACUGUGGUGUUCCGGCAGCCGUCCGCCCUCUCUGGGUUCUUCCAUGUGGACUCCGCGUCGCUCUACAUCGACGGGCUGCUGCAGCAGACGGGCAAGCUCUCCUUCGCCCCGUCGCCCCAAGGCAAGCUGCUGAGAGUCACACUGGGAACAGGCAGCGAGGCGGCCUGUGUUAGUCCCCUCACGUGGCAGCUGGGCCCUACCGUGCUGUUUGAGGAAGCCGUUUCGUCCUCUGCGGUGCUCUUCAUGUACCUGCUUGGCCGAGGGUACCGCGGGGUGUUCCAGGACCCGGCCAUCCGCCAGUUCCUGCCUUUGGAGGCCAGCAGCGCUCGCAAUCUGCUGCUAGUCGAGCGCAUCGAAGCAGAGGCGGCCGCACAGGGAGGAACCCCGACGGGGCUGUGGGUGAAAGGGGACGACUCGUCGAUCUUCCAUGACAUGGCUGCUGCGGCUGCGAGGGCAGGCGAGGGCGAGCUGUGCCCAGUGGUGUGGGAUGCAGAGAAGCCUACAGCGGCGGCGGCGGCGGUGGCGAGCAGGAAGAUUAUAUUCAAGUUUGAUGGGUCCACGGUGGAGCUGGAGGAGAAUGGGGAGCUGUGCCCCGCGUCUCUGGCGCGUACCAUGGUGAACCUCGUGGACCUCAGCCAUGGCUCUGCCUCGUCCCUUGGAGGUCCCAAGAUGGCCGCUCUAUUCGGCGACAUCCAGCUGUGCUGCCCUAGCAGCGUAGCCGACGGCCUACGAGUCAUAGGUGGCAUGUCAGUGCUGCUCGCACUGCUUGACAUGGCAGAUACAUCCGAGCGCCUGCACCUCGCUCUCUCCCUGCUCACGUCGUGCCUGCGUGAGAACCCCCGCAACCAGGAGGAGAUGCGGCGCCUGCGCGGGCACCACAUGCUCGCCAUCUUCCUGCACCAGCGCAUGCCCCUCGUCACCCCCGCGUCUUUCGCCCUCCUGCUCUCCCUCGCCGCGCCCGCCACCCACAAGCCCUCGUCUCUCCUUCUCGCAGCAGACCCCUCUGCUGCUGCCAUAAGCGUCUCGAGCGCGAGUCACGAGGCGGAAGAGGCAUCAGAGGUGGUGUUAUGCAGCCCAGGGCUAGUGGUCCACGUGCUGCUGGACUGGACCAUCUGGUCUAUCGCCCCCUUGCAGCUGCAGCACGACCUCCUCGACUUCCUCCAUCUCGUCGUCACCCGCAGUCGCUUCCGCCGCCACAACGUUGCGUUUCUGCGGCGCCUGGACGUGGUGCCUCGGCUGCUGCUGGCGCUGCAGCACACUGAGCUGGACCCGGAGGUGAUAAGGAAGCUUGUGGGGGUGCUGGGGGGCGUGCUGGGAGCGGGGUUCCUGCCUGCAGAGACCAAACAGGUGUCGGAUUUUGUGCUGAUGACGUUCAGGGGAGGAGCGGCAGCAGGGGCGGGAGGGAUGGCAGCAGCGGGAGGAGCAGGAGGAGGAGGAGGGGCGGUGGUGGUAGCAGGCGGGGCAGGGGAGGUGUCGUUAAGGAGGAGCAGCAGCAGCAGCGGCAACGCAGGAUCCGGGGCACCACCAGUCACCUGCAACACUGGCUCCGUGGCAGCGAGAGAACCCUAUGGGCAGCACGUAACCACGCGGAACGCGCUCCUAGAGAUGCUCAUUCACCUGCAGCUGCGUCUGGGCCUCACUCCCUCGGACGAACGCCUGGACCUGUGGCAGAGAGCAGUUGCCACCAAGAUCACCACCCUGCUGCUGGACCCGCACCUGCACGAGUCCUCUCUCAAGCGCGUGCUUAUCCUGCUCGCGGAUUCCCUCCGCUCGCCCACGCAGUUCGCCACGCGGUUCCGCCAGGCAGGCGGGUUCUACUCGCUCUCGCGCGUGCUCGCGUCGUACCACGGCGAGCCAGACAUGUUCCUAGUGCUCUUCACUGCUCUCUUUGGCGCGGACCCCAAGCCCGCCCUCACUGAAAGGGAGGACGUGCGUCUGUUGGACCUACACGCCCUGCUGCCGCUCAAGGCCAGCCCAGGGGAGGACCUCUUGUUCCCUGAGCUCUUGGAUUCUGUUCUCGCCAUGCUGCGCUCUGCCUUGCUCUCUGCUGUCCCCGCUGAGAGGAAACCCCCUGUGGGGGCAAGUCCGAUCGGGUAUACUGGGGAGGGUGGAGCGGAGGGGGAGGGAGGCAGGGAUGCGGCGAGUCAGAGUGGGGACUGGAGUGGAGGGGGGCGGCAGGCGCUGGUACAGCCGUUGAGAAGAGGGGCGGAGGGGGCAGCGGCGCUGGUGGUGGGGGUGCUGCGGUUCUGGCUGCAUGGGGUGCAUUGCCCGGGGCCCACUGCGCUGGCUGCUGCUACUCGCCGUCCCGAGUGCCUGGAGGGCCUGUUGGAUCUCUUCUUCGUGUGCCUGCGGUACGUCCUCCAUCGUCACCAGUCCUUUCCCCCUCCUUUCCCAACACCCCCUCCCCCACCUCCCCCCCCUCAUCCACCUCCCCCCCCUCAUCCACCUCCCCCCCCUCAUCCACCUCCCCUCCCCUUCAUCCCCCUCCCCCCAUGCCAUGUCCGCAGGCACUGCGCGGAGGCAGCUCGCAAGGCCACUGCGCAGGCCCCCUCCCCGCGCCCCCCAUCCCGUGCUCCUCCCCGCAAGGCCUCCCGCACCGCCUCCCUUGAAGCCAUCGCUUCAGGUGGGGACAACGAGGGGGACGGGGAGGAGGACCAAGAGAGCGUUGAGUGGAAGGAGGGACAGGGGGAGGAGGAUGAUGAUGAUGAUGAUGAGAGAGACGAGGUGGGGAAUCGGGCCGUGUAUGGGGUUGACGCGGAUAGGAAGGGCGCCCGGGUGCGUCUGUCUGGAUCAGCAGAUGCUGCUGUGGGAACUGCAAGCCGGCCUGCCAUCUCUGCGUCUGGCAGUGCGGGCUCUGUGCUAGGUUACACAGGGGGGCAAAUGGGACAGCCAGGGCUGGCAGGGCAGGCAGGGCCGUUGGGAGCUCAGUCGGGAUCACCUUCGUACAACUCCCCACUCGCGCGCCACCUCAGCGUCACCGCUGCCUCCAUGAUGACGUGGCUGGGCGGCGCGAGGGAAUCAUCGGACGAGAUUGCAUCCAGUGGGUUUUCCUCGCUGGGGAAGACGGGCAGUGGCAAGCUGGACGGGGAGAUGAUGGGGGGGGGAGGGGACGAGCACGCGGAUGGGCUCACAGCACUCGUCCCAGAGGCUCUCUUUCUCGUAGACGCGGAGAGCAUGAAAGGGAACGUGGCGGCGGUAGCGGCAGGGAUAGUGCUGGAUAUUAUCGGGGAGGUGGUGGCAGGUGCGCUUCUGGAGGUCCCUAAGAGUGCGCCGCUGCUAGAUGCAGUGCAGGACGCAGUGCCAGGGGAUAUCCCUGCUGACGUUGCAGCGGUUUUCACAGGGCAGUGGCUGCAGCGGGUGCUGCUGGUUCUCGAGCGGUGUCUGCUUGCAAGCAGCGUAGAGGCCAGCAAGCUGGACCGUGCGCGCUGGGGGCCCAAUCUAGAGGCGCUGGCGCCUGUGCUGGCUGAUGCUGCCUUCUGCGGGUCGUUUGCCCGGCCUAAGUCGUGCAAGCAGGUGCUGCAGUUCAUGCUGCAGCUGCUCCAAGCCGCCAACACCAACGGGCUGAUUGAAAACGCCCAGCCGGCCACCAGAGGGCUGCUCAUCCGCACUCGCGGCACGUUCCUAGAGCCGUACAUUCUCGCGCUGCUUAAAGCCUGUGGGCGGCUGGUGCUGUACUCGUUCCUGCCUUCAGACAUGGUGGGGGUGAGAGCUGUGACAAGCGGGGAGGACGGGGACGAACUGACAGGGUCGGUGCGAACGAGUGGCACGUAUGCUGCGGAACCGUGGGUGGGGGAGAGGCGCAUGGUCCCUGCUCUCGAUCCCAGCCUGGACCGAUCAGACUCGCUGCACCUGCUGCUUGCAAACCAUGGCAUUAUCCUGUCUAGCGUGAGUGUGGAUCUAGAGCUGGUCGCAUGCCUGUGCCAUAACCUUACUUAUAUGAUUCUCCAGCUCCCGUCCUCCCAGUCGCUGCCGCAGCAGCAGCAGGGCGGGGGAGCGGGGCACGAGCGGGAGUCGCUGAUUCAGCAGCAGCAGCAGCACGUGGCGUUAGCAGCAGAGGCGUGGAAAGUGCUGGUGGCACACCGGGCUAAAGAGCUAGAGGAUUUACUCACCUUCCGCACGCCGAGAGGCGAUAUGGUGGAUCUGUUCCAUGGGGGGUUUGACACGGUGCUGCAGAACGGAGAGGCGUCUCUGGUGCACUGGCUGGUGGGGUCCCAGGCGCUGGUGGUCGAGGUGCUCGGGCAGAAGGCUACCCCUGCUUGGCGCGACGCUGUGCUUGCUGCUGCUCGUGCCGCUGACGGCAGAGUGAAGGUGCUGGAGGUGAGGCGGCGGAAGGAGGCGCAGCGGCGGGCGAGGGACAGCCUGAGGUCCAUGGCGAGGUAUGAGGAGCAGCAGGGAGGGAAUGUGGGGACGGCUGAGAAGGUGCGGUUUGGGAUUGCCAAGGAGCUGCUGGUGAGGCGGCAGGAUAAGUUUGGAUGGGUGCUGCAGGCUGAGAGGGAGUGGCAGGGGCAUCUGCAGCAGCUGGUGCAUGAGAGAGGGAUCUGGCCGGCUUGGCCUGGGGGGCUGGAUACGAAGCAGAGGUCUAAGUGGGGCGAGGAAGGUGGGGAGAAGGAGGGCGAAGGCGGGGAGGAGGCAGAGGGAGAGGAGGAGGGAGCGGGGACGUUGCAAUGGCAGCUGUGCUCGACUGAGGGGCCGUUCCGUAUGAGGAAGAAGAUGAGAAGGAGUAAGGUGCAGGUGGACUUGCGCCAGAAGCAGUGCGUGACUUGUAUUGAGCCGGAACCGAUUCCCAUUGUGGAAGGGGCAGAGGAGGAGGCACGGGAAGCGGAGAGACGCAGCAGGGAGAGCAGCAAGGCUGAGAGCAGCAAGCCGGCAGCAGAGGGUGGUGCUGGGGAUGCGGAGGGGAAAGGCGGGGAGAAGAACGGGGAAGGAGCGGCGAAGGGAAAGGAGGAAGCUGCGGGGGCUGGGAAAGGCAAGGAGGAGGGAGGCAAGGAGUCGUACCUGCAGCUGUCAGUGAGUGACGGUACCCCGCCUCGCAUAUACCGAGCCCACUCCACCAUGGUUGACUUGGAUGAUGAGGGUGGUAGCCUGGCGGACCUGGUUGCUUCGCAUAUGGAGGCAUUGGCAGAGGAGGAGGCGGAGGAGCAGGGCAAUGACGCUGCGGAGGAACCAGCUGGGAAGGAUGAGGGAAAGGGGGGUGCAGCAGCAGGUGGUGCGACUGAUGGUUCCAAGUCCGAUGCAGCGAAAUCCGGGAGGCUGAGCGCAAGUGCUAGUUCUGGUGCUGGUGCUGGUGCAAGCGGGGCGGCUGCAGGGCGGGGGAUAGAGGCGAGCAGCAGCGGCGGCAGCAGCAGCACGGACCCUGCAACGCGCAGCAGCAGCAAGCGCAUGGGGUACGACCUGGGUGCUGACUGCCUGCGAGGCGGAGCAGGGGGAGGCGCAGAGAGCGACGACGGGGAGUACCUAAUCCGCCCGCACUUGGAACCUGGGGAGCGAAUCCGGUUCCGGUAUAACUGCGACCGCGUGGUGGGGCUGGAUAAGCGUGAUGGGAUCUUUCUGAUAGGCGAGCAGUGCCUGUAUGUUAUUGACAACUACUUCAUAGACAGCACUGGGAGGUUUCGGGAGAAGGAGGCUGAGGGGACGGUGUCUGUACUGGAUCAGGCGCUGGGGAUGAAGCCGGGGAAGCCGUCAGGGUUCACAGCAGCAGCGUGCGGGGCGAAUCCGAUGAAACGGCACGGAGUGGGGCUGGUUGGUGGGUGGGCGGAGACGGUCGCAGCGUGGCGAGCGACGGGAGGCGGCGGGGGGGAGAACUCGGGGGAGUUGGCAGGAGGGGAAGGCGGGGAGGAGGAUGAGGAGGCGGCAGCGGAGGAGGCGGUGCUGUCGCACGAGUGCAAGAAGUGGAAGCAUGAGGAGGUGCAUGAGGUGCUGAAGCGGCGGUACCAGCUGCGGCCCGUGGCCAUAGAGCUGUUCUCCAUGUCGGGCAACAACGAGUUGCUCGUGUUCCACCUCAAUGAGCGCGACGAGUGCUUCAAGAACCUGCAGGCCAUGAACCUCCCCAGGAACAGCCUGCUGGACUCCACAAUAUCCAACGCCACAGAGGCAGCGGAGCCGCACCGGCUGUUCAAGAUGAUGGCAAAAUCCCUGGGCAAGCGGUGGCAGGCGGGCGAGAUCAGCAACUUCCACUACCUCAUGCACCUCAACACGCUGGCGGGCCGCGGGUACAACGACCUCACACAGUACCCCGUCUUCCCCUGGGUGCUCGCGGAUUAUCUGAGUCAGGAGCUCGACUUGAGCGAUCCCACCUCGUUCCGCCCGUUGAAUAAGCCCAUGGGGUGCAUCACUCCGGAGCGGGAGAAGGAGUUUGUGCGCAGGUACAACACGUGGGACGAUCCGGACAUCCCGCGCUUCCACUACGGGUCGCACUACUCGAGUGCGGGCACGGUGCUCUACUAUCUCAUGCGCCUGCCGCCGUUCUCGCGGCAGAACAUGCAGCUGCAGGGCGGGCACUUUGACCACGCGGACCGCAUGUUCUACUCCAUCCAGGAGACGUGGAAGAGCGCCAGCACGGGGCAUACAGCUGAUGUGAAGGAGCUCACGCCCGAGUUUUAUUAUGUGCCCACGUUUUUGGAGAACCGGUUUAAUUUGGACCUGGGGGUCAAGCAGAGCGGGGAAGGGGUGGACAAUGUGAUACUCCCCCCGUGGGCCAACGGCAGUCCCGAGGAGUUUAUUCGCAAGCACAGGGAGGCGCUGGAGUCACCGUAUGUGUCGGAGCAUCUCAACGAGUGGAUCGACCUCAUCUUCGGCCACAAGCAGCAAGGCCCCGCGUCAGUGGAGGCAGUGAACGUGUUCUUCUACCUCACAUACGAGGGCUCAGUGAACAUAGACGCCAUCACCGACCCCUCCACCAAGGCCUCCAUCCUCGCGCAGAUCAACAAUUUCGGCCAGACGCCCCGCCAGCUCUUCCUCAAGCCGCACCCCAAGAGGGAAACCCACCAGCGGCCCCCGCUCGUCAACUGCCUUCGCUACCACGAUCUUGUUCAGAUGGAGGAGUCAAGGAAUGUGCGCCAGAUGGUGACUCAGAUCCUCAUGGUGAAGGAUAAGGUCGGGGUGCUUGUGGGGAACUCUCUGAUCAAGGGCACGUCGAAUGAUCGGCGGUUGCUCUGGGGGUUCCCCGAUGGGAGCCUGAGAGUGGUUUCUACUGAUCAGGAUAAGCUGCUCGCCACGCACGAGGCGUUGCACGACAACGGGCCGAUUCAGUGCGCUGCUGUCAGCCGCGACGGGACUUUCAUCGCAACAGGAGGGUCCGAUGGAGUGGUGGCGAUCUGGAGGUCUCUGGGGGAUGGGCCUCCUGGCCGAGGUGCUCCGUCUCAGUCCCAGAGUCAACCCGGGCAGGCGCAGCAGCAGCAGGCGCAGGCGCAGCGGCAGCUGCAGCUGCUGCGGCGUUUGUGUGCGCACACCCAGGCUGUGACGUCCCUGGCUAUGAGCCAAGCGUGGGGGCUUGUAGUGACAGGGUCGAGCGACCACACGGUUAUCCUCUGGGAUCUCAACUCAUUGGAUUUCGUCCGUCAGCUCCCGGUGAUGCCUGCGCCGGUGUCUGUGGUGUAUGUGAGCGACAGCACAGGGGACGUUGUGGUGGGCGCGGGGACACUGCUGAGUGUGUGGACGGUGAAUGGGGACUGCCUGGCCAAGGUGAACACCUCACAUUCCAUGCUGGAGGCUAUCACGUGUGUUACCACGCCGUCGCACUCGGAUUGGAUGGACACGGGGUGGUUCCUGACGGGGCACAGAAACGGGAGCAUCAAGAUGUGGUGCAUGGACUGGUGCGUGCCGGCGAACGUGUCUGUGAAGAGAGCAGAGCAUGAGACUGUCAGUGGUAGCAGCAGCAGCGGUGGUGGCGGCGGCAGCUUUAGGGAGGCAGGAAGUGGAACGAGUGGGGUGAGCGUUCAGCAGACGAAUACGGAAGGCAAGGAGCAGCAAGAGCAGGGAGACAAGGACGAGGGCGGCAGACAGGCAAACGGAGAUGCAGCAGCAGGAACCACCCAGCAGCAGCAGAAUCAGAAUCAGUUGGCAGUCGUCGUGCCGGGCCGUGAGCAGCAGGCGGGCAGUGGCAAGCACAGACGGAAGGUGCUGGUGCCAGGCACGUUCACCUCGCGCAUGGACCCAGAGUGGAAGCUUGUGCUGUGCCGCGAGCUAGUGUGGCACAAGGAGGCCGUCACAGCGCUCUUCCUCACCCCGGAGCUGCGGCAGCUGUUCUCGGGGGACAUUGCGGGCCACAUUGCAUGCUGGGCGAUUCCGGACGGUGAUGCUGAGAACAUUGUGAUGCAUGAUGCGCAGGUGUCAGUCUGUGCAGGGGCAUGCAGGAGGCGCUUCACAGUGGGAGAGCGGCGCUUUGAGUGUGUGACGUGCAAGAAGGUGGUGUGUGGGCAGUGCGGAGGCAGCAAAAUGGUGGUGGACCGAUCAGGCCACUAUGCACAGCGCUGGGUCUGCUCCUCCUGCCAACACCAAUCCGAUGCCGCUGCCGCUGCUGCCGCUGCCGCCGCCGCUGCUGCUGUCGCUGCCGCGGCAGAGGCAGGGGCAGCGGGGGCGGCGGCAGGGGGAGGAGGUGGAGCAGGAGGAGGGAUGGGGGUGCGGUCUAGUAUGGUCCGUGGCAUGUCGGUUGCAGCGCCUCAGAGCACGGGCGGCAUGGGCGGGGCAGGGGGAGGGGGGCUUGCAGGAGCGGGGGAGGGAGGAGGGCAGGCGCAUGGGGGGGAGAGGGUCGGGCCUGGGGCAGGGCCGGGGCAGAGGGCGUUUGUGGCGAUGCCACGCAUUUCGAAGCAGACGGGGGGGCUGCCGCAAGGGGGGAUGAGACGAGGAGGGAGCACUAGCAUGCCCCGAUCCACCACCUCUUCUUAG